GAAGUUCCAUUCCUGCACCAUUGACACAUCUGCUGUGAUGGUAUUAGCGACAAAUGUUUACCUGGUGCUUUCUAUUGUUAUCCGGAUUAAGAAAAGAAACGGAGUCCCUUAUUAGCUGACUGAAUGAUACAGCUUCACUUUAACCCCUAGACUACCAGGCAGGUUUCUAUGCAGCAAUCCCAUGCCUCUUAUGUUUGCUUCCUCUUAGAGUGCAUUCUAUUAACUAUUUCAAACCGCCUGGACCUUUUAAAAACAUUAAAUAGAGAAAAACACCAAAUCCCUAACAAAACCAGCAUAUACAUCCUGAUCUGUGCAGAGCCAGCCUUCUGCAUACAUAACAGACACCCCCAGCAGGGGGUCUGCGCAUAAACUAGACUCCACUUUGAAAAUGGUUCAAUCUAUUUUAAUGAUUGGUUAGCUUCCUCACUUCAAAGACAAUCCACACUCUCACUCCUGAUUGGCUGACAGGCAGUCAAAAAAAAAAAAAAAGUUUGCAUAGUGGAGGAUCAAACAAGGGAGAUGAGUUAGGAGAGAGCUGGGGAAGUAACAUCAUCUGUUCACCUGCUCUGGGGAUGAUCUGAUCCUACCUACCUACCUAGGACAUACCUCAUGGCUUCUAUGGUUGUUCUACACAGAGAAAACACUUUACAGGCUUAUUUACAGGACAGGACACCCAACGCCUCUCCAGACACAGGACAUAUACCCUCCCUGAACCUGUGUCCCUCGGCUACAGUAAUACCACACAGAGCUAAUCGGGAUUACCCACAAUCCUCUUCAUACACUAUUGGACCUUCAUCAACAAUGUUUCAACUCUGGAGUAAUGAAGUACCUCCAAAUUCAGGAAUGGGAUCUCAUGCUGUGGCUUUUGGUGUUCCGAAAAUGCAGUAUGCUGGUCAUAUGCAGGCGGUAGGGUCUCAUGAACUACCAUUGACUCCUCCAGCUGACCCGACUGUUUAUUCCUUCGAUUUGUCUCCCGUAAAGGUGUUAGCUCCACAAGUUCCAACCAACCCUACUUACCAUUUCCAAGACCCAAAUUCUAUGACACAGGACUUCACUUUCAUGCAAAACGCACCCACAUUGACCCAAAGACAUAUGCCCUCUGGACAUAUGGAUGAGCAGACUUGGUGGAGCUUGCAACAGGCAAAUCCAAAUAACAUUCAUUCCUUCCACUUGACAAACUCCUUGGUAGUUGGACCCCAACCUCAACUUGCAGCACUUCUUCAGAGCUCCUCUAAAACAUUGCUAAGCAACACUAGACGCUGCAGAAGAUGUAAGUGCCCAAACUGCCAAGCCUCUCCAGGCAAUGAGGAACCAGGGAAGAAGAAGCUUCAUAUAUGUCAUCUUCCAGGUUGUGGCAAGGUAUAUGGGAAGACCUCUCAUCUCAAAGCUCAUUUGCGUUGGCAUGCUGGGGAGAGGCCUUUUGUAUGUAACUGGGUCUUCUGUGGGAAGAGUUUCACAAGAUCUGAUGAACUGCAGAGGCACCUUAGGACUCACACCGGAGAAAAGCGUUUUGGGUGCCAAGAGUGUGGGAAGAGAUUUAUGAGGAGCGACCACCUUGCUAAACAUACAAAAACCCAUCAGAACAAAAAGGGGAAGUGUUCAGGUCCUCCAGUGGACUGUAUCAAGACAGAAUGAAUGGUAUUUAUUGAGCUCAUAAAGGACUAUUAUUUUAACUCGUUAGGAUGUAUUUCCUUAAUCUUUACAGUGGACAGUUUACAGGGUUGUAUAGGACAUCCUUAAAUAUGUUUUACCUUCAGCUUCUUAUUUGACCAAAGUGGCCUGCAAAUUAUGGGGACUUUGUGCCUGAAAUGAUGUGCAUAAGAAAAGUAUUAAUGCCUAUUUAUAAAUGUGUAAAAUAGGAAUGCCAUGUGGCUUUAAAAGUCUUAUUUUCUACGUUCCGGCUAAAAAUCUUUCUUUAUAGAGUGGUCAUAAAUGUGUUUUUCUCAUACUUCUUGAGAAUGAGAUCUCUCAUCCCAAACUAAAGGACUCUGUUCGGACUUUGCUUCCAACACUUCAUGUAUAAAAAGGAAACCCCAAUUGAUUGCGGACAUUCAUUUCCAGGUGAUCUAUUUCUUCAGUAAAUGUUCUUAUGGACUUGAAAAUAAAAUGUUGCUGUGUUGUGAGUGUCGUAAUAAAAUAUGUUCAUU